UAUCGACACCAAAAAGCCCAAGAGGUCCAGGGUCCGCCCACCUCCGCACAUCCCCGGCCGAGGGGGUUGGGGGCCAACACCACAUGUCUGAGGCCCACGCGCCACCCCUAGCGCCGCCACCGGCGCCUCUAUACAAGCAGCGAUCGUGGUCGCCCGACUCGCCCGACACCUAUCGCGACGAGGCAUGGCAGCGCCGCAAGGGCAACAACACCCGCCGCUCCCGCCGCCGCAGCAAGAGCGUCACCGACGAGGAUCUGGAUGAGCUCAAGGCCUGCAUCGAGCUCGGUUUCGGCUUCGACUCGCCGGAUAUGGAUCAACGCUUGUCCGAUACUCUGCCGGCGUUGGGCCUUUACAAGGCCGUCAAUAAGCAGUACUUCGACACCGUCGCCAAGUCGUUGUCUCCGUCUUCAUCAACGAUGUCCGAAUGCGAUCCACCGUCUCCCCUGGGCAGCCCCCACACCAUAUUCGGUCCCGGUGAUAAUCCACAGACGGUGAAGACAAGGUUGAGACACUGGGCUCAGGUGGUUGCUUGUUCGGUGAGGCAGAGUUCUGGUUGAUUAAUUCCAAGAACUGUAGCGAACCAAAUACAGUCAUCAGAAUAACCAAUGAUCGGCUCACCGGCUUUGUUUGGCUAUGAAUAUUAUCAGAACCCAAAAACCAAAAAAAUUCUUCAGCAUGGAAAACCGACUUGUACUGGAUUGACCUUUUCCUUUCUUUUGUUUUUUUUUAAAUUGGUAAUUUGGUAUUGGAAUUUCCUUUUACGUGGCUUAGGCAGAUUUUUAUGUAUGAACUCUUCUGUGCAAAGGUCAAAAAAUGUUGUCUGAGGUUCUUUGUUUUGCCCCCCUUAACUUUUGUAAAAGCUAAUGUUUUGGAAACACGACAAGCCUCUCUCUCUCUCCCUCUUUGAAUAAUGGAAAAGAUCUUUUUUUUUU